AUGACCUCUAGACCCUUUGACCUCUCUGGGGUCAUCUGUAAGGCGCAGUACCCCGGACGCCUCUUUGCCCACGCCGGCUGGCCCCUGUGCCUCGGGGAGCGCGUGGUGGUGCACCUGGCCUCCCUGGACUGGCGCCUGCUGGAGCCCGGGGACUUCUACCUGCAGCUGGUGCCCUUCCGGCGCCGGCCCCGCCUGGCACUGACCUGCCUGGCGCCCGGGGGCCACGGCGCCCGGCAGCUGCCCCUGCCCGAGGCCAGCUACUCGGCCAUCUUCACCGCCCGUUGGCUGGACGCCCUCAACGCCGGGCCGGGGCCGGGGCCGCUGCGCUGCUGCCUGCUGGCGGUGCCCGGGGGCCGCGUCCUGAGGGUCCCCUGGGCGCGGGUGCUGAAGCCUCGCUUCCUGGACACGCCGGGUGCUGGGGGCCCCUCCGGAGCUGCCCUGGCUUCCCCAGGCCCCUCCCCCACGCCGGGCCCCCCCGGGAGCCCCCAGCCUCAGGGCCAGGCUGGGUGCGGGGAGGACCCGGCCCUGCCCCCGGGGGAAGCCCACGCCACUGACUGGAGGUAUGCUGUGUGCAGCUAUGCCGACGCCUGGGCCGACGAGGGCCCCGCGGAGGGGGCCCCCUGUCCCCCAGAGCCUCCUGGGGCCGCUGAGCCAGGCCCAGAGGAGGCCCCCGCGGUGGCCCGGCCAGGGGGAGCCGACCCCCGGGCCCGCCAGGGCCCUCCAGCUCUCGGGCCGACCCCGGAGGAGGGGGGAGGGGGGCCUGGGAGCCCGGCCCCCUCUGCCCUUGAGGAUGUCCAGAGGAGGAGAGGUUCUGGGGAGCCUGCCGAGGAUCUGGGGCCGGCACCCCCCGGGGAAGGUGAGCCUGGAGAGCCCGAGGCCUCCCAGGGCCCCCCCGCCCCGCCUGGGGCCGGGAGGCCCCUCCUGGCCCAGGACUUGUCACCCCAGCUGCUGGCCAGUGGUGUAGCGGCCUUGCCUGGGACCAGGGACGCCCAGGGCCGGGCGGUGCUGCUGGUCUGUACCCGGAACGUGGCCUGGCUGGGCCCUCACUGCAGUGUCCAGGAGCUUGUGGGCCUCUUCCUUUACCUGCACAGCAUCCCCAGGCCCGAGGACCAGGCCCGGGGACUGACUGUGCUGGUGGACGCCCGGCACUGUCUGCCCAGCCCCAGCCUCUUCCUGGGGCUCAGCCAGAUGCAGAAAAUUGUCCCAGGCUCCGUGCACCAGGUCCUGCUGCUGGGGAAAAUGGCCGGGGCGCUCCCUCCGGGACUGAAGCUGGAGCUGCUGCCCUCCCGCCAAGCUCUGCUCUCCUUCAUCCCGAACUCCCAGCUGCCCCUCAGCCUGGAAGGCUGCCUGCCCUAUAGCCACGGUGCCUGGCUGGCUUUCCGAAAGCGGCUGGAAGCCUUGCAGCAGAGUUGCCUGGAGGCCUGCACCCUGCUCCAAGGGGCCAUCAAGAGUGUCGAGGCUGCCCCCGAGGCAGAGGGCCAUGGGGGAGCUGGGCAGCCGCUGCAGGACCCCCGGGAACUGAUGCAGCAGGUGCUGGACUACCCCCUGCUGGCCCAGCUCCAGCGGGAGGGCGGCAUGGCACUGGCACAGCUGCAGUGGGAAGAUCCGGGUGUGGCUCAGAGCCCGGAUUACAGGUUGGCGGUGGAUGAGGCAGGAAAGCUGUAUGCUCAGGUGGACGGGCUGCUGCACCAGCUGGUCACUCUGUGCAACCAACGGAUGCGUGCGCUGGAGCUGGGAAGGAUGCUGGAGGCCCAGGCGGGGACGCUGAGCGAGAUUCAGGCCUGGCUGCAGAACGUGGGCUGGCCAGGACUGAAGGAGCCAGAGGAGCCUUCGCUGGAUGUGCUGCUCCAGGCUCGGGACGCCUUCUGGGAGCUUGACCAGGCUGGCCAGGAGCAGGCCCGUCGGGGCGAGGCGAUUCUGGCUGGCUGGGAGGCCAUGGAGUUGGGCCGGCUGGGGGCUGCCGGGGCCCACCUUCUCUCCCUGCGGGCCCAGCUGUCAGAGUUCUCGAGGGCACUCGCGCGGCGCCGGCGGCAGCUCAUGGAUGCCCACCAGCUUUCUCAGCUGUUGGACCAGGCCCUGCUAUGGGCACGGGACGGGCAGAAGGCCCUGGCCAUGCUGGCGGAGGAGGAGUGCGAGUCCCCAGAGGGGGUGCUGCGCCACCUGGAGGGGCACCGAGCCCUGCAUCCCGACCUGGCACCAUCCCACUUCCAGGAGAUGCGGGCGCUGGCUGCGGGGCUGGGCUCCAGGCUCCCAGUCCAGCAGUGCCACCUGGUGUGGGCCCAGUGCCAGGACACCCAGCUGGCGCUGGACAGGAAGCUGGAGGCCGCGCUCAGGGCCCAGCAGGUGCUGCCCGCCUUCGUGGCGGGCCCUCAGAGCUCUCCAGGUGGCGGCAGCAGCAGCAGCAGCUCCUCUGAGCAGGCCUCCCAGGCCUCCAGCAGGAAGGUCAGAGAGAGAAGCCGGCACAGCGUCUCCUUGGGCUCCAUCACCUCCCAGCCCCCAAAGAGGACGCACCCCGCAGAGCCAAGGGUAAAGCAGAGCCUGUGGGGCUCUGUGUGCCGGCUCAGCCUGGGUGAGCCCUUGGCCGUGGCCUCCCCCCUGUCCCCGCCCCGCCGCCCCUCGGGUGGUUCCGUGGGGGCUGCAGGCAGCCAGCAGGCGGGGCCCCCCACCCAGAGAGCUCUGGGGGCCCCAAAGGCAUCGCCCAGCAGUCCCACCCUGGAGGCCAGCACCCAGAACAGGUUGCACCUGAUACUAGGCGAGAUGGUGGCCACGGAGCAGGAGUACGUGCGGGCCCUGGACUACGUGGUGGAGAGCUACUUCCCCGAGCUGGAGCGGGCGGAUGUGCCCCAGGGCCUGCGGGGACAGAGGGCCCGGCUCUUCGGCAAUCUGGAGAAGCUCCGCGACUUCCACCGCCACUUUUUCCUGCGGGAGCUAGAGAGCUGCAGCCAGCACCCGCUCCGAGUCGCCCACGCUUUCCUGCGCCACAGGGAGCAGUUUGCGAUGUACGCCCUCUACAGCAAGAACAAGCCCAGGUCGGACGCGCUGUUGGCCAGUCACGGGAACACCUUCUUUAAGGACAAACAGCGGCGGCUGGGGGACCACCUGGACCUGGCUUCUUACCUGCUAAAGCCCAUUCAGCGGAUGAGCAAGUACGCGCUACUGCUGCAGGAACUGUCCCGCACCUGCGAGGAAGGGCUGGGGCCGGGCUGGACCCGAGAGCCUGACCUAGCUGCCCUGCGCGCUGCCUGUCACCUUGUUCGCUUCCAGCUGAGACACGGCAACGACCUGCUAGCUAUGGAUGCCAUCCGCGGCUGUGAUGUGAACCUCAAGGAGCAGGGCCAGCUGGUUCGCCAGGACGAGUUCACAGUGUGGUCUGGGCGGAAGAAGUGCCAGCGCCGCGUCUUCCUAUUCGAGGAGCUCAUCCUCUUCAGUAAAUCUCGGCACGGGCCCAGGGGCGUUGACUCUUUCGUCUACAAGCACUCCUUUAAGACGGCAGACAUCGGUCUCACGGAGAACUGCGGAGAGAGCGGGCUGCGCUUCGAGAUCUGGUUCCGGCGCCGCAAGGCCGGCGACACGUUUGUGCUGCAGGCCCUCACCCCUGAGAAUAAGCAGGCCUGGACGGCUGACAUCGCCAGCCUGCUCUGGAGACAGGCCACCCGCAAUAAGGAGCUCCGGAUGGCUGAGAUGGUAUCUAUGGGUGUAGGGAGCAAACCCUUCCUGGACAUUACUCCCAGUGAAGCAGCCAUCAAUGACCGCGCCAUCAACUAUAUCAUGAAGGGGCGAGGAGCUCGCACUCGGGCCUCCAUUGCAGUGUCUCUGUUUGAUCACACCAACCCCUUUCCCGGGCCUCCAGCAACUCUGUCCACUAGUCCUUCCUCCUGUUCCUUGCUGGGGCCUCUCAACCUGCACCUGUGUGGAGACCCAGCUCGAGUGGGACUCUGCUGGCCCCUGUACCCCACUGCUUACUUGGAGGAGGAGCCGGAUCCAGAGGCUGAAACAGGAAGCCAGCCUUCGCUGACCCCCGAGAGCUCCGAGGCCUCCUCCCAGUGCCCAUCAGCUAGCUCCAGUGGUUCGGAUAGCGGCUGUGUGCCCAGUCCCAACCCGGCCGGUGGCUGCGAAGACCAGCCCGUACCCCCACUGGAGGACAAGCCCCACUGUGGCCAGAGUCAGUACGUCUCCUCAGUCUGAGCACAGGGGCGCGGUGGAUGCUGGCCGCUGGGCCCGGGGGGGCUGAAGCCUCUUCUCUGCCUCUCUCCUUCCCCUCAGUCGGAGGCCUAGAGCUUGGGGAGUUCCUACCCUGGUCUGGGGUAGGAGGCCCCCAUGUAGUUGUUCCAGUUAUCCAAGCUGACGUCCUGCAUCCUGACGUUCUGUCAGCCACACAUCGCUAUCUUAACCAUUUGGAAUGUCUGGGUUAGCUCUAUUUGCUCCUGCUAAGGGGGAAGAGCUGGGGAGGGGCAAAGAGAUGCCUAAUCCCCAUGGUUGCUUUCGACAAAGGGCCUGUCCCAGGGUGGCCAAAAAUGGCCGUGUAGUCUGAAGGGCUCCCUGCCUCUCCCCUGGCCAUCUGGGUGGAGACUAAGGGACAGUUGGACAGCCAGCUGGGCCCAGCUUUUAAGUUAAAAUUAGACUAGAGGGAAGUGUGUUGUUUCUCAUGUUUUAUUUUAGCCAGGCUGACAGAACUUGGAGAUGUGCAGGAGUAGGUGGUGGGGUGGAGGGCGUUAUUGGGCACAGAACUAGUGUCUCGCCUGCAGCAGUCAGUGACAAAGGUGGCAGUCCAUCAGUCUCCUGUGACUUGGGGAAAGGAUUUCCGAAGAUGUGCUUCCUCCUUUAGCUAGAGUCCCACCAUCAUUCUAGGACUGGCCUGGAUCCUUAGCCUUAAAGUCUCCUCCAAUCUCAGGGACAAAGACCCCCAACGUGGUCCUGUGGCUUACCUGCCCUUUUCUAUAUUUCCGAGUUCCCCUUUGGGAUCUCAAUACCAUUUUUGUUUCUACAACCCCUGGGCAUUUGGGGAGAUAGAGGCAGGGUGGAAUGGACAAGACUAGGGCAUGGUGGAUGCAGCAGGAAGCUGUCAUCUGCCCACCCUGCCCCAAGCCUGCUGCAGAUUGCCCUCCACCAGCCAGGUACCAAGCUCACCAGGAUCCCACCCUAGCCUUCUUCCCUGGAUUCACAUUGUAACAUUGACCUGAUGGCUUUUUUUGAACUGUUUCUCUAAUAAAGGUUUAUCUAUUUGGA